AUGUUACAGUUUGCACUCGCAUAUCGUAUGCCCUUGGAUAGCUUGACAAGUAUACAUGAGAUGAAGCUGAGAUCGUAUGAGCUUUCUGAAGAGGAGUGGAAGAUUGCUGGCCAGCUGGCAGGCAUUCUGGAUAUUUUCAAACAAGCAACACUUUUCUUCUCCAGCCAAACACCAAAUAUUUCGAAGGUUAUCUCUGCCAUGGACUACAUUGAUAAGCACCUUGCAUCUGGUGCCCUCAACGCGAAGUACUUGCCAUCGAUCCAAGCGUCAAUGUUGAUCGGAAAGCAGUUAUUAAAUAAGUAUUACAACAUGACUGAUCAUUCCGAAGUUUAUUGGAUUGCGAUGGUCCUCGACCCCAAGCGUAAACUCACUUACUUCCGAUCUGCUGGAUGGGAGGAAGAAUGGAUUGAAACGGCUCAUGAGAUCGUUGAGGCAGAAUUUGAUAGAGGCUAUGUGGAGAUGUGUAUUGAAACCGAUGACGAGGAGGAAUCCCCAUCAGUACAUUGGGUAUAUCUUCCACAGUUUGGUGUGGUGCUCACUAUAUUUAUCAGUACUUUACAGUGCCCCACCUAUUCCUGCAGGAAUGGGAUCAUUCCAGUGGAAUUCCAGGGGAAUCCUGCAGGAAUAGAGUCAUUCCAGUGGAAUUCCAGAGGAAUUCCAGAGGAAUCCAGAGGAAUUCCAGUGGAAUCCACAGCAUUCCACUGGAAUUCCACUGGAAUAGGACUGGAAUCAAGCAGAAAGUCAUAG